UUGCACCCGAUUGCCGCGCAUUCGCGCAACGACAACAAACGAAAUCGAACGUCGUCGGUACGCACGUACUGUUCAUCGCCAUCAUUACUAAAAAAACACAGCCGCCAAACACACCGUACCGAUGAUGCGCCCAUCAACGGCGGUGCUAGUGCUACUGCCGUGUAUCAUCUUGAUAUGGCCAUGGUCAUGGUUCACCAUGGUCACGGCCUUGUUUACCGAGCUCCCGGAAUCACAGUUUGCGGAUCAGAUGGCACUAUUUCGACACGUGCUGCUCAACGAUGUCCAGUGGUCGCCGAUACUCAAGCAGAAGGUCAAGUUGUCCGAGUUCAGUCCGCCUAGAUAUGUGAGGUUAAAUUCCAAUGACGAAGAGGUGAAAAAGAUUGAGCUGAUCACCGAAAACGAUGAUCAGAAUCCGACGGCCAUGUAUGUGCURCAGAAACUGAUGGACAAAUCUUCCCUACGUUCGGGAACCAAUGUGGAUUUCACCGCRUACGUGCUGAGUACCGCGGUCACAUGCUUUACGUAUAACAACGUAUCGUUUGUGCUGAUGCUGCUUGUCGAUCGCAUUGGCACGUUGGCGCGCAAAGUUGUCAAAAAUAAAGACGACAAGAAGAAGGAUAUAAAGGAGGAUGCAAAAGAGGAUGCAAAAGAGGAUACAAAGGAGAAUGUAAAAGAGGAUACAAAAGAGGAAGUGAAAGAUGACGAGGAUAAGAAGAAAAAUAAGAAGAAGAAUAAGAAGAAUAAGAAGAAUAAGAAGAAUAAGAAGAUCAAAAAACUGAUCAAAAACACGCUGGAUGAUGUGCGUAUGACAUUUGAAGUAUUCAUGGACAAGAUUGCUGCAGUGGACGGUGAGUUGGCGUUCUUUGCCAAUACGCUGUACUUCUACGAUACUGCGGAAACAGCCUCAGACUACCUCGUUAAGUUUAAUGUUCUUGAGAUGGUGAAGAAAGAGGUGGACAUGAGGAUUGAUCAAUACUGUUACAUCACCCCCCAUACAGAGAUAUACCAGUACUUGGGCAAGUAUGACAUUUUUGACGUUUCUCCAACCCCAUUAAAUGAACUCACACCUGACGAUCCAACACUUAGACGCGAGUUGGAAGAGUUUGAAAAGGUGAUCGACUGCAUGCUAGACGUUUACGAUGCGCUAGACGUUCAAACGAUGCCCAUGAAGACUUGGACACAUAUUCUUCAAUACGAUAAACCGAUCGCUAUGUCCAUCAAAUUGUACAUAGAUGACACGGAUAAAAAGCCUAAUCCCAAUGAAGUCAUGUCAGAUCGAUUAAAGGAAGCGAUGAAAAAAAAUCAAGAAGAAAGUAACGUGGAACCCUUAAACCACAAAGAAGGACAACCCGAAGGGACGUUGGAAAAUACAUGAAUAGAAAAUAUUAUACGUUUUUAAAUAUCCAGUAUAUGUGAUUGCGUAUUAUGCACAUUUAUUCAUAAUUUGUCGUUAACAAUAUAACUGGAAUAAUCAUUGUAAUUAAGGUAAAUUUAUAUAUUCUAUAUUCGAUAUUGCGUGUUAAUAUUAUAUAUUACAGUACCUAUAAACAAUUAUUAA